CCUCGGCGGCUGUUCCCUCCAGCGCACACUUCCCAGGGCCUCGGUCCAGUCCGGUAUAAAUGUCUUUUAAACCGAGACAGCGCUCUCCUCCCCUUGCCCUCCGACGCAGCCAAGGGAUCCGCAGCCAGGGCCUUUAAAACAAAACCAAUGAAUGAAGCGCUUGGGCGAGCGCGCGCGAGAUGGCCACCGCGAAGCCCCGCCAGGUCGAAAUCCGGCCACCGACCCGCUCGCUCAGCUCCAAAACUCGCGGCGAAGCCCGCUCGGUGCUCCCUGCGUUUCCAAUUUCUCCAUGGCUCCGGCCGGAGCUCAGUAGAUUCUGGGAGCUUCUCGGCCCCCCACCUCUCUCUUCUCUCCAUCGCGACAGGGUGUCUAGACGGCCACGUGACGAGGCCGGAGCCGGGCGCGCCACUGCGCAGUGGAACCAGCCGAGCAGAGGGCCGGAGGGGGGGGCGGGGGGGCGGGGGGGGGGAGGAGGAGGAGGCGGCGGCGGCGGCGGCUGGGGGCGGGGGAGGGAAGAGGGAGGAAGGGGGAGGGAAGGGGGCGGGGGCGGGAGGCCUUGCGGGAGGCGGCGAGCCCCGGGCACACUCGCUUGCUGCUCGGCGCACGGAAGAGCCUGUCCCCAAGCCGCGCCAGCCGAGCCAGCCGGGCGCCGUGCUCGGUCCGCUCGCCGCGCGGGAGAGAGCUGCCCGAGACAGAGCCAGCCCGUCGGCGCCGAGCCGCCGAGCGCCGGGCCCCAGAGCCCCUGAGUGCGGCGCGGCGAGCCCUUGGCGGCGGCAGAAGGACCCGAGCGCCAGGAGAGGGCGGACGGGGGACAAGGAGGCUCCCGGGCGCGACGAGGAGAGUCUCGGAGGAGGAGGCGCCGAGAGAACACCGGGGCCUCCUGCCGCCGCAGCUGGGUCGAGGCGAGCAGCCCACGCGGGGAGCCCCGGCGACCAACCGCGGCCAGGGGAAGGGACACCGGCGGCCCCCGCAUUAGCAAGCAGCUUGUGCCCAGGGGGGCAAGAACGCGCUACCCGCCUGGGGCCCGCCGCCGCCGCCGCGCCGCCCUCCCCUGUGCUGUCAGCCCCACCGGGCUCAGCCGCCGCCGCAGCAUCUUCUGUCCCUGCGCCCCCGCCAGCCUCGAGGAAGUCCCCGCUGAGGACCUGAGCCCCCAGGCGCGCAGGAGGGAAGACCAGAGACUCCCCUAAACCACCCAGAUGCGCAGGAUUGAAUCGGUCUAGUCAAAGCUUUCUGUGGAUUAAAAAAAUACACGAUUUUUUUUUUGUUUUUGGCAGAAGAAAAGGAGAGGAAGACCAGCGGGGCUCUGCAAGGAAAAAAGGGGGGUUGUAACUCGUGGAUGCGUUUUCCCACCCCCCAAACAUCUUGUUAUACUUCGUAAACAUUUUUUUUUUAAGCCCCAGCUCCAGCCGGACGCCCCCAGACCUCCAAGGUUCGAGGAGGUGGUGUUUUUCAUUUGGGGCUUUGCAUAUUUUGGUUGUUAGGUUUUGAGAGAACCUUCUUAUUUCGCCAGACGUCUCAUGCGGGGUGAAGUCCACUCGGCCCCCUCCCCUCAGCCUUCGUGUGCACGAAAUUCGAGGAGAUCCGGUUACUAAGGAUAUAGAGGAAAAAAAUAAAUCGCGUGCUUGCU